AUUGUAUGGUCACUUGGAAAUUGAGUUAGAUCUGCACAGACCGGGUCAUAGACGUCCUUCUGCGGCCAGCUUAACAGCCAAUAGACGGCCCGCUGGCGUACGCCAGAUGGGGGCAUUGAAAUGAUGCCACCUCGGCCCCCGCCGCACCUGUCAGGCGGCUGACAUCUUCGCAGUCAACAAGGUUAAGCGGCAGGGUAACGACCAAAUUGUUUGACACGCCAAACCAUGAACUUUGCACUCUCUUUUCAGCAGCAAAGACUCGACAAACUCUCGCUAUCCUUUUAACGACAAGUACGAAUGCCACGCCGGCUACACCACGAAGACUAUACCGUAGGAUGGGUUUGCGCGCUUGCUAUCGAGCUGGUAGCCGCCCAGGAAAUGCUCGACGAAGAGCAUGACACUCCCUCGUGCAACGCCCACGACACGAACAUCUACACCUGUGGACGAAUUGGGGAACACUAUGUCGUAAUUGCCUGUCUGCCUGAAGGGCGAAUGGGUACGACCUCGGCUGCGACGGUCGCAAAUCAGAUGAAAAUGGCCUUCACCUCGAUUCGUUUUGGUUUGAUGGUAGGCAUUGGAGGAGGCAUUCCCAGUGAACACGCAGACAUCCGGCUCGGGGAUGUGAUUGUCAGCAAGCCACAAAAGGUUCAUGGGGGAGUGGUUCAAUACGACUUUGGGAAGGCUACAAUAAGCGGGUUCGAGCGCACGGGAUUUCUCGACGGACCACCAACAGUGUUGCUGAAUGCAGUUACGAACUUGCGGGCCAAGCACAUGAGACGCAGGGGCAAGCUGUUGGAGUGCUUAUCUAAGCUUGACAGUCUACCAGAGUUCACGCGCGAAGCUGCCGGCGCAGAUGUUCUUUUCGAAGCGGAGUACCAACACGUUGGAGGGGCAACAUGCGAGAAUUGCAGUAAAGAAUAUGUGUUAGUUCGAGAGACACGACGACAUGAAGUAAUGGUACAUUACGGAACGAUUGCAUCAGGCAACGAGGUCAUCCAAGACGCUGCGGUAAGAGAUAGGGUCAGUGCCGACCUUGGCGGGGUACUGUGCUUCGAGAUGGAAGCGGCGGGUCUGAUGAAUAGCUUCCCGUGUCUGGUGAUACGUGGCAUCUCUGACUACGCCGACUCGCACAAGAACGAACAAUGGCAGCCGUACGCGGCAGCAACAGCCGCGGCAUACGCGAAGGAGUUGCUUUCUGUGAUUCCUGUGCUGGAGGUUAACAACACCCGUACAGCGAAGGAAGCCACCGAUGAGACCGGCGACCAUCCCGCUGGCUCAAGUGCUCCUGCAAAGCGUAGGAUGGAUGAUUCCUUGACAGAAUUGGAGGCUAGUCAUGGAAACCAACAAACCGUCACUCCAGUGGCCAAAGAAUGCCUCAGGUCGCUUGCAUUCCGUGAACAAGAGCAGAGAUACGACAACGUUCAUACCGCGCAACACACAUGUCAAUGGCUCCUCGAAGACCGUCAAUAUCGAGCUUGGUUGGACAGUCCUCGAGGACUGUUCUUGAUCAAGGGACACCCAGGGACCGGGAAGUCCGUGCUGAUCAAGUUCGCUGUCAAUGCAUUGCGUAAAGAAAAGCCUGACGGGCUUAUUGUGUCAUUCUUUAUACAUGGACAAGGCAACGACUUGCAACAUACCCCGUUGGGCAUAUUCCGCGCUCUCUUGAACUCCAUGCUUGAGCGAUUUCCAGAACACCUCUCCCAGCUCACGAACAUUUUCGAAGAACGAAACAGACGAUUUGGCGAUUACAAGGAAGGGAGAUGGGGAUGGACUGUCGGGGAGCUGCAAGACACCUUAUCCCAAGUUUUGAGGGAAGGAACGACGCAUGAACCUGUCACUAUAUUCAUUGAUGCACUUGACGAAUGUGGUGAAGAAGCUGCGAAAGGCUUGUUGACCUACCUCAACAAGCAAGCCGGGUGUGAGACAGCCCAGGUCAAGAUAUGCGUGUCAUCUAGGCACUAUCCGAUUCUCAGUCGUGACAACAUCCCAGGAGUGUUAGUAGAAGAACAUAAUGCCGCUGACAUCGCACGGUUCACUCAGGAUCGACUCGAGCGCAUUCAGUCAGCCGAUGAGCGCCGGCAAAUCGAACUCAAGAUCCGGCGUAAGGCCCAAGGCGGCUUUCAGUGGGUACUUCUGGUUACAGAAAUGAUGAUAGAUGGGGAUCUGAAGGGAUUAAAAUUAGAGAGGCUGCGCAAGAAGCUUGAUUCAUGCCCCGGGACUCUGAGCGAACUUUACGCUGCAAUCCUCAAUGAUGUCGCUGGAGCUGAGGAACGCCAGUUGACAAAGCUCUUUGAGUGGAUAUUAUUUGCCGAGAGACCUUUGUCUGCACAAGAGCUUCGAGAAGCUCUCGUAACGGAACCAGACAUGAGCUGUACAUCGAUCUCUGAAUUAAGAGAUCAUGACAGUUGGUCCGAUACACUAGAUGCCUUUGAGAGGCAUGUCAAGCACCUGUCCAAAGGCUUGGUCGAAUUUCAAACCCGUGAAUUCUGGGAGCUUUACGAUCCCGAAGGAGAGGACUGGAAUCGCGAGGCUCAACUAAUCCACCAAUCUGUGGCUGACUUUUUGCUGGAAAAAUUUCUUGCCCCCAAUUCUAUGGGCGACCCGCGCAUCCCGACGUCUCUGGGAGGUGCAGGUCAUUUCCGGAUUUCGAGGUCAUGCCUGAGAUACUUGACCUUGAAGGAAGUCCUGAACGAGGCUCAGUCACCUAGAGCAGCCCUUUCUUCCAAGUAUACGUUGGCACCAUACGCAGUACGGUACGCAUUCCAGCACAUUCGAAAGGUGGAGCAAGCGGGGAUUAUCCAGGAUGACCUUCUCUCAGCUAUGCAGUGGGCUUCUCGAUCUGAAAUCACACGAAAGCUCGCACAACUAUGGAGGACCCUGGAUCCCGAUAGCGCACAUACACCUUUAGGAUGGCCUUUCGAAGGCGCUACUGCACUGCACGUAUUGGCUGCCUGCGGUUCCAAGACUGCUUGUUCUACAGUUUUAAACAUCGGUCUUGGAGAGGUGGAUCGCAAAGACGCAAAUGGCAAUACUCCACUAAUGCUUGCUAUCAGAGAAAAGCACCAGGACAUAGCCUUGAUGUUGGUGGAUUCCUCUGUGGAGCGACGUUCCCUAUACCAUGAAAGAGGCGUCGGCGAUGUGCGCGAAAAUCUCAACGUUCGAGCUGAUGGUGCAGGGGAUUUGGAUGUCACCAACGACGAAGGUGAUACAGCCUUGACCAUUGCCUUGGACGAGAACGCUGGCGAGGUAAUCCUACGACUUAUCGAAGCGGGUGCAGAACUCAAGUACCUGGGGCAACACAGUGCGUUGGUCGCUCUGGCCAUCAGUAGCAGAAACAUGCCAGUCUUGGACAUCUUGAUUCAAAACCAGAUCAACCUCGACGGGGCAGUCUAUUUCGUCUUGGACGAUGAAUCGGCGCAGGGAGAUCCGAGUCUUCUGGGCCUCGUAUCAAAGCUACUGGAAGCUAAAGCCAACACCACCAAGUCGAAAGAAGGCCCAUUAUCUGGAUUCUCGGGUAGAUAUGACCAUCAUGCCCUCACUGUAGCCUCGAGAAGCGGUACGACGAAGAUGGUGGAUUUGCUACUCUCGUACGGCGCCUCAGCGACGGAUCAAAACGAGCGUGGGGAGACUCCCUUGAUGGCUGCUGUGAUCAACGGUCACAAGCAAAUUGUACAAACACUGCUGCAAAGUGCACCAUCGGCAGUAGAAAUUGCAGACGAGAAUGGCACUCCGGUCCUUUUCGCAGCAUUACAGAGUGGACAGCCGGAACUAUUAGACGUUCUACUCCGCCAAGGACACUUUUCAGAUCCAGUCCGAUCUCGCGAAAGCUUGUUCGUCGAGAUCAGUCGAAGAGGGCUAGCUAACAUGAUAACCUUCAUGCUUCAGAGAUACACCAUGGACCUGAACCUUCAAGACGAGAAUAGAUGCACGCCUCUCUUGUUAGCAGCGGAGAACGGCCAUUUGGAGGCAGUCAAGCUGCUGCUAAAAGAAAACGCAGAUCUUGAAACUCCAAACCAGGAUGGGUGGACACCACUUAUCUCAGCGUCAGAAAAAGGUUAUCUUGAGAUAGCUAAGUCACUUCUGGACAAAGGAGCUGAUUGGUCAACUGCUGCCAAAGAUCGCUGGACAGCGCUCAACGCAGCAUCAAGUAAUGGUC